AUGCACUCUGCCGAUCAGAUGAGCGAGAUGCUCGACCAGUGGGACCCAGAAUACGAGGAUGUCGGCACACUUAGUCUGGAUGAGAUUUAUCAAGAACUGAGUCGCCUCGAUGCCUUUGAGCAACUCAUCAGUUCGAAGCAAGUAAAGGAUGGUCCUGACCAUCCUGAGAAAAAUGAUAAUGAUGAUGAGGAUGAUACCGGCACCGAAAAGAAUAGCGAGCAAGUUCCAGUUCAGGACAACCCAGAGGAGACUCGAAAGAAUACUGUCCUCCAUGAGAUCGACACACGACGCCUCGCGCUUCGAGCUAGGGCAAUGGACCUUUCCCGCGCGAAAAUCCGACCGAUCACGAUAGUUGAUUUGCCUGCCGAUAUUCUGCGCAAGAUUUUUGACUACUUCCAGGACCCAAGGGUCGGGAAGCAGGGCCUGAUUAACUGGAGGUCGCGGCGCAGGGACUCUGAUGACGAGACUGUCCGCGAGACGAUCCGGCAAGUCCGCCUGGUUUGCAGCCUGUUCAACGACCUGGCGUCUCCGCUGUUGUGUCCGAUCCUCCGUGUAGAUCUUGACCAGGGAUCGCUGGACAAGGCCGUGGAGCUGUCCAAAUCUCCCCGGAUAGCUGAAGGUGUGCGUGCCAUCCAAGUCGGGCUGCAAUAUCGUCCGCAGGAGCUUGUCUCGGACUGUAGGAGAUUCAAGGACUAUCGCAAGCAGCAAUUGGGAGAAAUGGCCCGUUCCUGUGACUACUACGCCGAGACCUGGAUGCUCGGGGGUUACGAUUCGGAUGAUGAAACGGUCUGCCCGCUACCCCUCAGGGUAUAUCGAGAAGCGAUAAGCAAUUACUACCGAAUCAGUAGGUCGUGGGACCGCCAUUUUACCCCUGACGAGAGUGAAGAUGUCACCAAAUCAGAGGUGGAUGAGCACCAGGAGAUCCUCCUCCGAGGCUAUAAUGAAUAUUGCAAAAAGCACGAAGAGCAACUGCAGCUCAUUACAACUGGAUCCUUCGUCAUCGCGCUUGCAUCCUGUAUCUCCCAACUGCCCAACGCGCGUGCCCUAGGCUUCACCGACCAAGUGGAUCCGCCGUAUGAUCGGUAUAAUCCAACAGUCGUGCUGAGAGACAAGAGUCUGCUUCCCGGACUCAUGAGCGCUGGUCUUGAGUGGCAAAAGAUUGAGGACUUUGAGGAUGUCAAACUUACGCCCGCCAGGAUCUUGUUCGAGUUGCCGAUUUCCAUACACAAAGCAGGGACCACGCUGAGGGAUCUUUACAUCGGACCGUUCCCAUGCCGAGGCAGCUUUUCGCUGAUCUGUCCUGAUACUCUGAGCAAUCCCACCGAUCCAGCAGCAUGGUCGGAUCUUCGAGCUGCGUGCAGCGGCCUCUGGAGAGUCAGCUUCGGAGGGUCUCUCAACUGCCGUUUCAUCCGCCACGAGCAUCUCCCACCUGGAGAAAAGUACUAUGUCGAUCAGUACCUUGGCGCAAUACUAUGCAGUCCAGAUAUGGAAGAUGCGUGGAUGAGCUUCAAUUCGUUUGGUCUCAAUGAUGGCCGCACCACGAAGGAGGGCUGGUACGAUAUAGGUCCUGUUCUUGGUGCGGUCAAAUGGCCACGGAUCAAUCGUUUGGCGAUCCUCAGCGUCUCCUCGAAGCAAGAUGAGCUAGAACGGUUUUGCGCCGGGCUGGGUCACUCAAUGCGCUACCUUCAAUUGUCCAGUAUACACCUUUUGAAUGGCAGCUGGGCAGGGAUUCUGGAUACAUUGGACGAGAAGGUGGCAGAUAGAUUCCGGGAACAGAAAGCCACUGUGUAUUUGAGUUAUCUGGGGGGAGGGGAGUUUGGAGAAGAGGAGGUAAAGACCAUUUCCAUAUUCGAUGACUCUUUUAGCGACUUGGAUCCGGGUAAACCUCUCCCUGCGGCAGGGCAGCUGUUAAAGGAGCUACACCCUUCGCUCUUCACUGACUGGUAG